AUGUCCAGGCCCGCCGGAGAAGACCCGCCCGGCCCGCACCCCAUUUACCGCGGGGUCCGCCGGAGAAAAUCGAGCGGGAAGUGGGUCUCCGAGAUCCGCGAGCCGCGGACCCCAAACCGGAUCUGGCUCGGCACCUUCCCCACGCCGGAGAUGGCCGCCGCCGCCUACGACGUGGCGGCCCUCGCCCUCAAGGGCCGCGACGCCGACCUCAACUUCCCUGGUUGGGCCCCGUCCCUCCCCGUCCCGGCCUCCAACUCCCCACGAGAUAUCCAGGCGGCCGCUGCCAGCGCAGCCGCCGCCGCCGGGGCCGCCGGAGACGCACUCCUUGCGGCGGCGCCGCCGCCUCCGCCGCCGUUCGUGGACGAGGAUUUGAUAUUCGACAUGCCGAAUGUGCUGGUGAACAUGGCGGAGGGGAUGAUGAUCAGCCCGCCCAGGCUUGCUCCGGCGGACUCCGACGAGUACUCGGAGAAUGUGAACCUCUGGAAUUACACAUAA